GAAAAAUAAGUGAAGAAAUUUGUAAUAUUUUAGUUGAUGCUUAUUUAAAUCCAGAUAAUGAUUUUAUUAAACUUAUAAAUGAUAUUGAUAAAAUUGAUAAUAUAGAAGCAAAGUCAUUUGAUGAAGAUGAUAAUUUAAUAAUUAGUAAUGUUUUAAAUUUAAAUGUGAAUGCAUUUAUUAAAAAUUUGAAUAAAAUCAUUGAUGAUAGUGAAAAUAUAAAUAUGGAAGAGGAUUUAUAUAAUGAGCAUGAUAUUCAAGAUAUAAUUGGAUCAAAAAAUGAAAAUAAUAUAGAAUGGGAUCCAAUUUCUGAAGCUGAUAAAAAUAAUUAA